AUGACGGGUGGGUUAACUUCCCCAGAAGCUGAGAAGGAGAGAGGACUAGACGUGAGUCCACACUGUACAUUGAAAGCACCCAAAGAAUCCUAGAACUAUAGCUUACCCCUCAGCACCUUUAACAAACCACUUCCCAGGAUUCUUUGGGGAAAUACUCUGCUUUCAAUGUGCUUUACAUGCAUCGUGUACAUGUAACCUAGGCAACAUAUACCUGCCUCAGGAUUUCUUUUUUACUACUUUAAAGUUGGCCUAUCAAUGGAAUAAACAUUUUAAAAAUAGCUAUGAACUAGUCAAUAGCAGUUGGUUUCUGCACUAAGUAUACUGGAGAACUCAUGGUGAGGUAGAAUGUAACAUGACUCUAUUGACAACAAAGUAUUUCCCCAAGGGAACCCUGCUUUACAGUUCUAGGCACUCCAAGUUGGCAGGCUGGCCUUCCAAGUGGGACGGCUGCAGCUGUGCUUCCUUACUCUGUCCUGCAGGUCUAAAAGAGCACAGGGUGUUGGGACCUCGCUCCCUUUCCAUUUUGGGGCUAACAAAACACACCGCAUGCAUAAAUAUGCAGUCCUCCCAACAAAAGAGGAUUGACAACUUAAGUUGACAAUAUGCAGAACUUGCGGAUUUAACACAUAGAAUAAGAGAGCAAGAAGAACCAAUAUUUAAAGAAGAGCAGUAAACAUUUAUUGAAUAUAUGGGAAAUAGCUGUACUGUAUACAGCUGAAAACACUACCAGCACUAAGAUAAAUUCAACAGAGUAAAUAAUUUUUUAUUAAUGUAAAAGUGGAAAACUGAUUUGAAUGGUUAUAUUGAAAACUUGUAGGGACGCAGGUAGCACUGUGGUCUAAACAACUGAGCCUUCGGUUGCUUGAUCAAAAGGUCGGUGGUUCGAAUCCCUGUGACAGGGUGAGCUCCCGGUGCUCGGUUCCUGCUCCUGCCAACCUAGCAGUUCGAAAGCACGCCAAAAAAUUGCAAGUAGAUAAAUAGGUACUGCUCUAGUGGGAAGGUAAACGGCGUUUCCAUGCACUGCUCUGGUUGCAUCAGAAGCAGCUUAGUCAUGCUGGCCACAUGACCCAGAAAAACUGUCUGCGGACAAACACCGGCUCCCUCGGCCAGUAAAGCAAGAUGAGUGCCGUAACCCCACAGUCGUCUGCGACUAGACUUAACGGUCAGGGGUCCUUUACCUUUACCUUUUUAUUGAAAACUUAAUAAAAAUUAUUUAAAUAAAUAAAUGAAUGAGCACAGUGUAGGGUGUACUGAACAGGCCUUGCGGUGUUGUACAGCUCCCUAUGGAGAAAUCUUUGUUCCCUAGCUAGUACAUCUAGUCUUUUUAAGGAGUGAUGAGGGAGCACAAUGCAGUUAGCUAGACCUCUCAUUUCUGGAGUUCUUAUGAUGAGGCACUGGGAUUGGACAGGUUCCAUUUGCUAGUUUUACUUUCAUUAUCAUCGAAACCAUUUCCUUCAAAUAAAAUUAUUCAUUACAACAAACCCCACCCUUCCUCAUUUUUGUGUCUUACUGAUUCGUACAUUUCUCAGCUGAUGAAUCAGAGCUCUUUUUCUACCUCAAAUUGCCUAAGCUGCAAUUUUGCCUAAGCUGCAAUUUUGUAAAAAAACAAAGUCCAGUAACCACCCACAGCCGCAGAAGAGAAGCAGACUGAAACAUCAGGAUUGAGACCCUCCUCACAGCGCUGCUUCAACAGACUGGUGAGUGUGGCUGAAUGGAGUUCCCACCUCUUCUGGGCAGGGGAGAAUGGCUACUGAUUAUUUGCUAGUGUUGGUUAUGGGCUGCAAAAUGAGCUGAAUGAAACUCCUGAGUGAAACUAAUGAAACCAAAAGCUGCUUUCAGGUUCCAGCCUAGAAGCAUGGGCUGAUGGAGCCCAGCCUUUCAAGCAGAUCUGCUUACAGGGAGGCUGCCAGUUAACUUGCUGCUGGAAUGGCAAUCUGGACGAGUUAUUUGUGAGGGGCUCUAUUUAGGAGUAGCUGAGUUUGGAGAAAGGCCAAUGCCACCAAUAUUAUUCGGUUGUAUCAGAUGCUGCAGGGAUGGAUUUCUGCUUUUGCAGCAGGACUUUUGCCUCUUUUCCUCAUCAUCUGUGUUCCCCAAAUCUGCUCUGGAGGAUCCCCCAACCCCCUAGAGCAGAUUUUGAGGUGGGGGUGGGGGCUGCAGAGGAGAGGAAAGUUCCACUGUGAAAGUGAAAGUCUGCUGUGUGAAUGAAAUAGCAGUGCAGGAGGCAAGUCAUUACUGUAUUAUUAUUAUUAUGGAUUAUUACUAUGGAUUAUUAUUAUUAUUAUGCUAAAAACAUUCCUGUUUAGACCAACCUAUCCAGAUGCUUAGAAAGUUGAGGUGAUUUUAAUCUAUUUUAGUAUUUUAACUUUUGUAUGUUUUAAAGUAGGGCUGUGAAUAUUUCUGGUUUUAAUGUUUUAUCUUUUGUAAACUGCUUUGACUCUUUUACAAUCAAACAGUGUAUAGUUUUAAACAAACAAACAAACAAACAAACAAACUUAUUAUCACAUUUAUUUAUUUAUCUAUCUAUUUGCUUUUCUGGUGGCACUUUAUUGUAUUUUAUUUUUAAUUAUGCUUUUAUUAACAACAUACAGAACCUCUGCUUUCAAGUCAAUGAAUCAUUCAAACAAAACAGUCAUAUUUGGGGUGAGACUUUACUGUUAGAGGCAAUCACACUUGUUUAUUAAUGUCAUCAUAAUAUUUAUUGCACUUAUAUUGUAUUCUUAAAUUACAUGAUCCCAGGGCAGGCUACAGAAACAGUAAAAAAACAAAAAAAAAGGAAAAUAUAAUCAGAACAAUUAAAAUGUAGCAAAAUGCACAUUUGCAGCAAGCCAUCUCCAACCAUAUGUCCAUCAAUCCACAGCAGGCAAUCUACCAUCUCAGCAUCAGAACAAGGCCCUACAUAAGGGGAAAGCCUUAUCAAGGAAAACAGACCAAAUUCUAUGCCAAAUGAGCUGAGGUGGGGCGGGGAGGAAACAACAGAUAUACCCGAAACAUCAGUGGAAACAAGCCACAGCCAGUGCUGCUUUGUUCGGGUUCUGAAGGGUACUUCCCCCACAAAAUAUUAAAAGUGUGGCAUUGAAAAUACUCAGUUAACUGAAGUUCUGCCACCACCACCACCACCCAGCAGAAGCCGGUCCCCCAAACAAAAGCUGGCCUCCCAUAAUGUCCUCGUGGGAGGGGGGGGGUUACCUAUGAUCUCCCAAAUCUUGCCUAUGCCAUACACUUAUAAGUAAAUUCUAUUGGACCUUCAAAUUCAACAUUAGAUUCACAGCUGAAGGCCACUUUAUGCAGUACUUCUGGUGGCGGUUUCAGCUGUCCCUAAUAAGGGGGAGCAGGAGGGUUUCAAAAGGAUAAGGAACUAAGAAGCAGAGCUGGGGAAAAGACAGCAGGAUGAAGAGAACCAACCCCAAGAGCAGAUGGGAACUGGCUAGCCCAUUAUUGCCCUCCUAGCCCUGCUGCAUUGUUAAGAAAGGGAAGGGGAACGACUUGUGAUUCUCCCACUGAGUGUUACUCCAGCGUUUGAGGAACAUAUUUCUGGCUCAGAAUCUCUUGGCCAGAGAUUUUUAACCUUUUUGGGUCCACGGCUCCCUUGACUAACUACAUUCUGUCUGUGACACCCCUGCGGGGCUCAGGGGCCCAGUUACGUCACCCCUUGCCUGCAGAGCUGGCAGCCUCUCACCUUUUUCAAAGACCCUCCCUUGUGGAGAGUUCCCUCAGCCUCCUCUCCUCCCCCCUCUCCUUGGGAGUCCUAUGGGCAGCCUCAGCUGCUGCUCCUGGUCUCUGAGCUGCUCCCCCUGCCCCAAAGAAAGGUGCCUCCUCACACUGCCCCACAGGGGCCUGGGAAGCACCCCCUGGCCAGCCCCAGAGGCACCAUUCAGCUGCUGAGGUUGUAGCCAGGGCAGCUGCUGCAGCAAACAGUCGUGCAAGCCUUUGGGAGGAAGAGAAGUGAGAGGGCCCCAGAGAAGGGAGGGAAGGAAAGAGGGACAGAGGCCAGUGUUGCCCACAGCACCCCUGACCAUCAUUCAAGGCACCCCAGGGUGCCCCGGCACACUAGUUGAGAACCACUGCUCUAGGCUAUUGUCUGAGGAUUUAGAUUGACUUGGUUAUCUCACUUUGAGGAGCUAGAGAUGGGAGCUGUCUGCUGAGCAUCCACUUGAUAAGAAGGCCAAUUUGUGCUUUUGUAUGUGUUGCAGGUGUGAUGCCUUAUAAGGAGGAACAACCUAGCGACAUAUCUCCCUCUCUUAUCCCCAGACCUCGGGGAAAUCGAGCGCGGCAUGUGAGCUACCUCUUCCUUGCCCUGUGUGUCUGUUUCCUGUGCCUCACUGAGCAGAGCCUAGACCUUGUCUUCCGUCACAUUGUCAUCCAUUUCACAGCCCUGCAGGUUGGAGCGCUGUGUCAGGGGCCUGCAACUUUGCAGAAGAGCUGCGUCAUGUGACAUCCAGGUGAUAAAGCUGCGGAAAUAAUGGGACAUACUGAUGGAUGUUUGCAUGAUGGUGUGGGGAUGACAGUUGUUGUUCAAGGACACCAAAAGCCAGCUGAUUGGCAGUAGCAGAACAGAGAAAAGAGAAAUGGAGGCAUGAUAAGCCUUGAGGUGAAGACUCACCCAAUGAGGCUUGGUCCUUGCUUGGUAGCAGCAAAGAUCUGAUAAGGAAGAAAGGAAGGGAGAAGCUGAAUAUAUAAGAGGAUGGAUAGUGAGACAUAUAUUGUUUUUAGUUUUAGGAUGCUGAAUUUGGCCUCGCCCCAAGCGUUGCAGCUAACCAGAUUCCUCCUCCCCUCCCCUUGUGUGCUUGUUUGGGGGUCCUCCUGAUUUUAGAGGCACCAGGCGGCCCAGGGAAGGAGGGAGAGCCCAGUUGACCAAGUGGAAGUACUCAUUGCCCUGAUGGUACUCCGAAGGUGAAUCCUGCCUUCUCACGCUAAAGUAUUUUCUCUCUGGUAGUUUGAACCAUAUCAGACCCAUGAGAACUUGGAUACCUAGUAGACUAUGGUGUGGGAUUACCAGCAUAUAACAAGCAUGCUUAAUGAAGGGGUUAAGGCCAUAGAGUAAGCUGUCUUGCCAGGUUUAGCUAUGUCCACUGCCCAUACCUUGGGAGGAUAUAGGUAACCAAGCCUAUUGUUCACCUUCCAGUCUACAUGAGAAGCUCAGCCCCAAAUCAGCAUGGCCCAGGGCUCAGCUCCCAGUGUGCUGGGUGGCUGCGUUCCCCAGCCUCCGGCUGCCUGAGGGCAGCUGGAAGGGGUGCAACUACCCCGCCUGCAGCGCAUCCGAGCCUCGGGUCUCUCCUGGGAGUGAUGCGGUGGAUUGGGCACCUGCAGGCGAAGGCAGCAUGGGCUGACAUCUGCCCGCCGCCACCUUCUCAGCCGCCAGCUGCAAGGUGCCCUGCAGGAACAUGGUGGUUCAAGCCCUGGCCCUGCGCUGCUUUUGUGGACAGCGCUGGGCCAGCCAAGCACACUGCCUCCUGUUCAGCGGCCCUCCAGCUGGAGGGCGCUGGGAGGGACAGUUCCAGCAGCGCACCCUGCCCCAGCUCACCCCGCCUCAUGCCUGCCCCAAGUGCCUGAGCUGCUUGCUACGGCUGCUCCCUCCCUCCCUCCCUCGCUCUGGCUCUUUCCAACUGCAGCAGCGGCAGGAGAGGAGGAAGCCUUGCAAGAGUAAGUCAGGCAGGGCAGACACAGGGCAGAGAGGGAGUGUUGGAAGGCAGCAGCUGUACUCCAGAUUUGUGUGAGGAGGCAUUUCUCCUCCUGCACCCACAGUGCCAGGCAGCUGACCCUGCAAGCUGCAGCAGUUCGCUCAGGCACCAGGCAGCAAUUUGAAUCUCGAGCAAAAGGAGCACUGGGCAGGAAGGAAGAGUGGGUGGGAUUUGCUGCACAGAACCACAGGAAAGGGACUCCAAUGGGGAUUGGGUUGAUCAAUCAGUCUGGGGACUUCCUUUACUGGGUAAGCAGAAGGGGGGGAAAUACCGUAUUUUUCGCACCAUAGGACGCACCGGACAAUAGGACGCACUUUGUUUUAGAGGGGAGAACAAGAAAAAAAUUCUCCCCUCUCUGCCCAGCGCCCCUUCAGCGAAGUGGCAGGAGGCGCUGUGCAGAGAGGGGAGAACUUUCCCCUCUUGUUUUCCCGCUCUAAAACAAGGUGCCGCUUAAGGUGCGUUCAGGCGGCUACCUUGGAGCCUGGAGAGCGAGAGGGGUCGGUGUGCACUGACCCCUCUCGCUCUCCAGGCUUCAGGUUCCUUUCGACCUGCUCUUUGGGGCUGGCGGGGGGAAGCCCACCACCAGCCCCAAAGAGCAGUUCAGGAGCAGCGGAGAGGCUCCUGCCAUAGCCGUGCGUCACCUCUCCAGCCGGGAGAGGGUCGCGGGGCUAUGGCUUCUUAGCCCACGCGCGCUCUCCCGGCUGGAGAGGUGACGCACGGCUAUGGCAGGAGCCUCAAUAGCCGCGUCACCUCUCCAGCCGGGAGAGGGUCGCGAGGGCUGCUUAGCCCCGCGCGCUCUCCCGGCUGAAGAGGUGACGCGCGGCUAUGGCAAGAGCCUCAAUAGCCGCGCAUCACCUCUCCAGCCGGGAGAGGGUCGCGGGGGGCUGCUUUAGCCCCGCGCGCGCUCUCCUGGCUGGAGAGGUGACGCGGGGCUGUAGAGGCUCCUGCCAUAGCCGCCCGUCACCUCUCCAGCCGGGAGAGGGUCGCGGGGCUAUGGCGUCUUCGCUCCAUAGGACGCACACACAUUUUCCCUUCAUUUUUGAAGGGAAAGUGAGUCCUAUGGAGCGAAAAUACUGGUAAUUAAUUUUAAAAGGUGCUGGAACGACGUCCCCCCGGUCUUCUGGCUGAAAUCUCUCCCCACCCCCAAGACUUUCACCACUUUGCAACUAAGCCAAGUUUUCUUUGAAGCACAUGAACCUGACCUUUGAAGAGUUUGUAAGUAAACCAUUUUUUAACUUACCAAAUGUGUGGUCUUUUCCUAUGCUGGGGGAAGAGGGAAACUUUUAAGGAACUUUUAAGGAGACAUUUUAGAACUCACUUGGAAGGGCCCAUAUUUUAAAAAGUCUAAUAGCCUAUAAUUCCACACUUUAAAUCUCUACUGGGGUUCUCUCACCAAAAAGUACUUAUCCCAAACUUGGCAUCCAGGAAUUCCCCCCCCCCCCCUAUAUAUGCACCGAACACCUGGAGUGAUAAAACUGAGUUCCAAGGAAGAGACCAUUUUCAUCACUCAUCGUAGCUCUGACAGAUCAUCACUUUCACCUCUGAAGCUGCAUUGUUUUCACUUCAGUGCUGUCCUCUGGGUCUACAUCUCCAUGGAUGAGCACUGGUUUUCUGGUCCGUUACAUUAGGUGCCCCACACUCUGACACCAGAUGUGGUAGCAUGCCUGCCUGCCGUUUGCAAGGAUUUGUAGACCUUUUCAGAUGUGAAUGCUUAUUGUGUGGAGAGUAAGCACACAGAAUACUGAAAUACUUGGGGUCAAGGGACGUUGCAAUAGGAUGUUUGGCUCAUCCCUGCAAAACAGGGGUCUCAGGAAGGAGGGCACUUUGUGGUGUUCUGUCACAUUAUAUCACCUCAUCAAUUUCUCUCCCAUAGGUACCAUGGGAGCUACUUAAGGGCCCUGAAUGCUUGCCUAGAGCUACGCAAACGUUCUUUCCUAUUUCUCCUGCUGUGUGGAGUAGCCUACCUGCAUCUCAAAGAAUCUGACCGUCGGGACCUGAUCAUUGUGUGCUUCUGCCAACUUUUAAACUUUGUCUUUGACCUUGAGGUAGCAGUCAUGGGUCAUUAAGCAAUCUUUUAAUUCAUCUAAUAGUUGAUUCCCUGCUGUUUCAUGUAAGCUGCUUUGAGCUUUGUGGGAAAGCUGUAUUAAAUGUAUCUAAAUAAAUGAAUCAAGUUACACUUCUCAGAAAGCCUAUAAUAUGUGGGCCCUGUCCUAGGUGCAAGUCUUAGCCUAUCAAUCUUUGCAAGGCCUCCAAACCUUAAAGGUGGUCCAUCUCAAUAUGAGUCCACUCUACAACUGAGUAGUCACGUGACUAGAGUGGCAGAAUGUUGGGAAAUGGCCUUUUAGCAUGUGUUUGUAUGGCCUGCUGCAUCUUAUCAUGCCUCAUACUUGUGCAGCAAGUUGUUGUCCCAGAUCUGGGUUCUGCUUUCCCCUGAGCUUUAUAACAGAAGUCAAUUGAGGUGGGAUGAGAGCUGUGCUUUGCACGUGGUAACGUAUGAUUACAGCUUUUUCUUUUCCAUCUGCAGCAUCCAUCAGCUGCCGAGCUUUCUGAAAUGUAUGAGAGAAACAACUGCAAUGUUGCACAAGGACUUGCCUGGUCAUAUUACGUUGGGUAUUUAAAAUUCAUUUUGCCUGGUGAGUAUCCAUUGUGAGUGGUCUUCUCCAUUAGCCAGUGAUAUAAAAUGAAUUAUAAUGUCCAGAAUUCUGCACCAAAGAAAUUCAGAUUCAACAUGUAUACACUAGUAGGUUAUAUCAUGAAUUUUUAUUAUUUAUUUUGGAUUCCCACCACAAAAGCAGUUAGUUACAUUAGCUACUAAGUCUAAGGUAGCAGUUAUUAUAUUUCCAAAUCUCCAUACAAUAUCCUGUUCUGAUCCGAUGCAAGAGCAAAAAAUAGAAAAAAAUGCCAAAAGGUUCAGCAGAAUAAAAUCACUCAGCAGUUACAGUAGUGCUUUGUCCCUGGGAUCAAGUUACUUCAUCAGCUGGGGCUCCCCUCUUGUACACAAAGAAGAGUGGAAUAUGAAGACAGAUAUGGGUAAAUGGUGUCCAUCGUUGUAUUUUGGAAAAGUGAUAUGUGGUUCGGAAGAAAGGGUGUGUAGUCAUACAGAGCGCAGAAGCUUCAUUCCAAAGGCACUGAAGCCUUUUGCAGAUAAUCAGUGCAAUACACAUGCUUUAUUUAUUUAUUUAAAAACAGACAUUCAGAGGACUCCAAACACAUGAAACAUGGCGCAAUCUUACGGGUGAAGGGAAGCUUUCCCAAGACAAACAACUGGUGGUUGUUGCUUCGCAUAGGGCAGAGGGAAGAGUCGUCCACAGGACAGAGGCAACAGCAGAAAAUGCCUGUUUUCUGUAGAGUGCAGUGUCUUGAGCAGUGCUUUUUUCUGGGGUACGCAUACCCCUAAACAUUUUGUGAAUCUUAGGUUUGGCCUCAUUGAGGGACAGUAUUUCAAUAUGAGUAGGGAAAUCAGAGUACCCCUAAACAUUUUUUAAAGAAAAAAAGCACUGGUCAUGAGUAUAUGCUCAGGCAGAUAGAACUCAUACAAGGAACUUCUGCAUACCUGUGUUUUCCCAUUCACAUCAGUGUAGGAAUUCUGUACCAUUUGUCAGAGUCUCCCAUUUUUGGCUUUGUAGCCAAAAUUGGAGAAUCUGACAAACAGUACAGAAUUCCAUUCAAUGUGUACAGAUGCUCUGCAAAUUCCCAUCCCUGGCUAUAGAGAAAGUGAGAAGCUUCUUAAAGUACUAAUGUAAUCUUACUGUCUCCAUCCAGCUGUCUUUCCUUAAUGCGGUUUUGUUUUGAAGGCCUCAAAGAUCGGAUUAGAGAGUUCAACCAAAGCAACAGCCAUUUGCUGAAUUGCGAGAAGACUUGGAAAUUGCACAUAUUGAUUCCCCUGAGCUGCGAUGUGUGUGAUGACCUGCAGACGGUUGACAGUCAUAUUCACUUCAUAAAGAAUCUCCCAGAAUUGAACAUGGAUGUUGCUGGCAUUAAAAAAAGAAGCUACAAAAAUAGUAUCUAUGGGAUAUUGGGUGAAAACAAAGAGGUAUGCUUCUGUAUUAAAAAAGUCUUAGAGUGACAAUAGGUGUUGAAUUUAUCAUAUUUUAAAAAGGAAUUUGCCUGAAACUCAACAACUUCUGCCAUUAGUUAUAUGCAGAUUAUAAAUAACAUGGGAGACAAGAUGAAACUUUUCAUGAAUCCCUCAGAAUAAUUCUCUCUAGACAUCACUUCUGUCCUCCAGCACCACCUUCUGGAGACAUCUAGUCAGAUAGGAGUGGGAUUCCCCAAAUAGAGUCCUCACUCUCAAGCCCACUAAUCAGUUCAGAAGCAAAGCAUAGUUGCUAGUAUCAAAAACUACAAAGAAGUCUAGGAGAACUGACAUGAUCACAUUCCCUAUAGUUAUCUUCCAGUGAAGGUUGACCAAGGCAUCUUCACCUCCUAUGCAGGUUUUUAGGUUCUGGUACAGAUUAUGAAGGGACAUGGGUGGCGCUGUGGUCUAAACCACUGAGCCUAGGGCUUGCUGAUCAGAAGGUCAGCGGUUCGAAUCCCCGCGACGGGGUGAGCUCCCGUUGCUCGGUCCCUGCUCCUCCCAACCUAGCAGUUCGAAAGCACGUCAAAGUGCAAGUAGAUCAAUAGGUACCGCUCCGGCGGGAAGGUAAACAGCGUUACCGUGCAUUGCUCUGGUUCACCAGAAGCGGCUUAGUCAUGCUGGCCACAUGACCUGGAAGCUGACUGCGGACCAGUGCCGGCUCCCUUGGCCUAUAGAGCAAGAUGAGCGCCGCAACCCCAGAGUCGUCCGCGACUGGACCUAACCAUCAGCGGUGCUUUACCUUUUUACAGAUUAUGAAGUAACACUUCUGAGAAUGUUAGUGCUGAUGUGAAAGCAACCAGCAAUUCCUCAAACAAUAGUCUAAAUGCCACCCUGAUAACACUGGGAUUGCCCUUCUCCCCAUUCCUCUAGAAACAUUUUUGUGUUAUGGAGUAUGCCACUCCUCUGCGGUCCCUCUUUGCCAUGUCCCAAGAUGAAAGUGCUGCCUUCAGCUAUCAAGACCGUUUGGAACAAGCCAAGCUUUUCUGCAGAGCACUGGAAGAAAUCUUACAGAGAUCUAAAUACUGUUCUGGCUGCUACCGGCUCAUUGUAUAUGAUGGUAAGAAAUGGGAUGACAGUCUGGCAAUUUGUUUUGGAGUGGUGGGGGCAAGGAGGAGGCUACAAGCUUAGUUCCAGGAAGGGAUCCUGUGGCAGGUAGAGCCUUUCUUUCUACACCAGAAAAGACCUGAUCUCAGUGUGCUUUGGGAACUCAGAAAGAGCUUCCUCUCUGUUCUUAUGUCUUCUGCCUGUGGUUUUAGAAGGUCAUAGAUUUAUUAUUCUCUUCUCAUCUCAGGCUGGAUUUCUGCCUAGAUCCAGAGAGUUUAAUGUGCAGCAGCAAGGCUAUAGGAAUACAAAUGCACAUAAAGAUUUAGCACAUUGGAAAGCAUCUUAAUCUAAUUGAUGUUUUUAGUGAACUACGGCCAUGAGAUCUUUGUCCUGGGUACCUGUAGCCAGUUGAACUCUCUCUGUCUUGCCUCACCUACUAAGGAAGAUAUGUAGGGAUGGCUUGCACACAGAAUGGAUUCACCUUUGUUUUCUCAGCUGAAUUCUGCAAAACGUUUUUGUAAUCAAAAUUAUGAUUAUUGAGUGAGAAAGCACACUUUCUAUAAAGAGAAUGUAUAGUUUCUACCUUUGAUAUUGGAGUGGUAUUUGUUAUUUGGUUUUGGUUUUAAUUAAGAUUUUGUGUACCACAUAGAUACAUUUUCAUACAAUCUUGUGCUUUACUGAGAUACAUGAAUACUUUUGCAAAUAAAUGUACAUUCCCUUAGAGCAGUUACUCAGUGAGUCAUAAACAGUGCUGAAAUCACUACUCAAUGAUACUGCUUUCUGUGAAUCUAGGGAGCGGGUGGCAUUGUGGUCUAAACCACUGAGCCUCUUGGGCUUGCUGAUCAGAAGGUCGGCGGUUCGAAUCCCUGUGAUGAGAUGAGCUCCCAUUGCUCUGUCCCAGCUCCUACCAACCUAGUAGUUUGAAAGCACACCACUGCAAGUAGAUAAAUAGGUACUGCUGCAGCAGGAAUUUCUGUGCAUUCUGGCUUCCGUCAUGGUGUUCCGUCGCACCAGAAUUGAUUUAGUCAUGCUGGCCACAUGAUCCGGAAAGCUGUCUGUAGACAAACGCUGGCUCCCUCGGCCUGAAAAGUGAGAUGAGUGCCGCAACCCCAUAGUCGCCUUUGACUGGACUUAGCCAUCCAGGGGUCUUUUAUCUUUACCUCCCCCCCCCCCCUUGAAUGUACCUACUGUAUGUGAUGAAAGGUUUUUUAAAUAUUCAGCUGUAUAUUCUGGCAUAUUUCAUUUUUGCCUUUUGAAUUUCUCUUAAUAAGAACAAGACAUCCUUUUUUAUGAGAUAACAUAUAUCAAAAACUCAGACUUCCGGUCUACCACGCAAAGAGAUCACAGCUCGUUACGCUUGCUCUGAGCGAGAUCAGGCUACUGCAGAGGGAGAGAGGAGUAAAGCGUGGGCUCCACACCUCCCCAAAAGCUCUGGAGAUAAACCAGAGCCUCUAAAAGCACCCCACAGUGCUGCCUGGUCUCCCUACCAAACCCCUGGCAAUUUGGAAGGGGGCCGGAGAGGGUAGAAAGGGGCCUAAACUCCUUCUGUGACAGAAAGCCCUGGACGUGACUCGAGUAGUGGCAGCACCCCUGGAAACAAAGACCCAGGUCGAGACUGAAGGGGGGGGGACUAGAGAAACCUGAAAAAAAAAGACUUGACAACUAAAGAAAAUAAUUGGAUAAGAAAGGAAACGUAACCUGAAGUGGCACAGAGCUGCGUGAAGAGAAUCUGUUAGUGAUUUCCAAGAAAAGCUAAGUGGAAGGAUGGCAGGCUUACCUAUAUUAUGACAAAACGAAAGUGCACAAGGGAUUUCUCAACCAUGUGAUAAGAAAUAACCAGUGUUUGGGCAAGAUAGAAAAACCUCCUAGAAAGGAAGACGCUUUGUUGGAUAUCCUCCAACAAGGUGUCAGUGGCAGUUAAAAAUUAAGCAUGAAUAUAAUGUACCAUUCUAGCACUUUGGUUUUUAACUUUGUAAAGGAGUGGAAAAGAUUGCACUUGAAACACACAGACGGAAGUCAACAUCAUUGUUUUCUGGAUUAGGGAUUGCGUGCUGUGACCAAAUUUUGAGACCACCUGCUGCAGAGUUAAUGAGGCUUUUCUAACAUGCGAGUUCUGUACUCCGGCUUCCUGCAAGCAUAUUGUGAGAUCUUCAUCAUGCUACAGAUCCACCUUAGAGAUCUAUGCAGUUCCUGGGAAUGAUUGUUGGUGCAGUUGGCAAUUCAAGGGCUGCAGUGCCACCAGGAUGGUGCUGUUGAUACAUAGAUCUUUACCACACACUCUACCUAAAGUUUCUGAGGCAAAAUCAAAUCAAAUCAGGGUAGUAAUAGAUAGACUUGAAAAGAUAACACAGCUAUCUGUCUUGAUGCAACUGAGAGUGCUCUUCUAGCAGUUAGCUGCAGGGCUUCACAUUUUCCUAUGAAAAGACCAGUGCAGUCACAACUGGUUUUGUUUUCCCAGAUUCAGAAGAAAAUGACAAGCACUUCCUGUCCAAGACUAUCCUAAGACACAUGGAACAGGAGCUCCAGGAGGAGUAUACCAUGGAUGAAAAGUAUGAAGGCAGCAUACAUAAUGCUGAAUCAAACGGGACUCAGCUCCUGAUUAGUGGCUCUGAUCAUCCCAUGUCUUUGCAUAGUUUUGGCUACUGA